GCGGGAGAUAAAAGUUGCAGUGAGUGGUGAUUGGCGCAAGGUGGUUGUGUGUCUCCGCUGUGCGUGCGCUCAUUGGUCCCCGAGAGACAAUAGUGUGCCAAGGGGCGGGGUUGGCAGAAGUAAAGCGGAGAUAUCCCAGAGAAACCUGAGGGAACUUCUCCUGUGACACCGACCCGCCCGCACUGGCCUUUCGCAAUCACUUGCCACGAGUGUUCCGUGCGGUACAGCCUGGCGCCCUGACGAGGGAGUGGCACAGACACAGGAAGACCCUGCAGGGGGCGUGGCGGCUGUGAGUGGACAUGGGCGACUGAGACUCUCGUUGGCACAAAAGCGGCAUCUGGUCCCGGGCUCAAAGCUCAGCGUGUGACACCGAGGGGAGGAGCCGAGUGUUCUACUGAGGGGCCCGAGCUUGUUCGGCUCUUUCCGUCCAUUGUCGGACAUGACCGACCCGAGUCCAGUCCCAGUGAGACGGAAGAAAGCGACUCGUGUCCUGAGUGUCAGUCACUGUCCCCCCGACAAAUCCCCACAUGCCGGGGACACCGACAAGGUCCCCCGGGGACUGGCUGAUCUCAGGUGUCACCGGGUCCAGGAGUCUCUUCUAAGUUCUGCCAGCGGGUACAGUAACUACCGGGGGGUCCUGAACUGGUGCGUGGUGAUGCUGGUUCUGAGCAACGCACGUCUGUUCCUGGAGAACCUGCUAAAGUACGGGAUUUUGGUGGAUCCUAUCCAGGUGGUGUCGCUCUUUGUUCAGGACCCCUAUAGCUGGCCGGCACUCUGCCUUCUACUGGCUUCAAACGUAUUCAUUGUUUGUGCUCUGCAUAUGGAGCGGCGUCUGGCAUCGGCCAAGCUCUCUGAGCGAUUUGGGCGGUUGCUCUACACCCUCCUCCUCUUCACCAUCCUCUGCCUCCCGGUGCUGGUGGUUCUCACAGUCGUCUCCAUCACUCCAGUGGGGGCAGUGUUUGCCCUUGGUGUUUAUACCAUGCUCUUCCUCAAACUCUUCUCCUAUAUGGAUGUGAAUCGCUGGUGCAGGGAGAGGAGACUGGCCCAGACCCGGGCACUGGGGCGCUCUCAAUCUGUUCCACUGAUUCCUAAAGCCAAUGGGGAGGUAACGGUAAAGGAGGUGAUGUACCCCGGGAACCUGAUGCACAGAGAUAUUUAUUAUUUCAUCUUUGCCCCCACCCUCUGCUAUGAGCUGAACUUCCCGCGCUCCCCCCGGAUUCGCAAGAGGUUCCUUCUGCGCCGCCUUCUGGAGAUGCUAUUUAUUAUGCAGCUGCUGGUUGGCCUCAUACAGCAGUGGAUGGUACCGACCAUACAGAACUCCAUGAAACCAUUCCGGGACAUGGACUAUUCCCGGAUCAUUGAGCGUCUCCUUAAAUUAGCAGUUCCCAAUCACCUUAUCUGGCUGAUCUUCUUUUACUGGUUCUUCCAUUCCUCCAUGAACUUUGUGGCUGAAAUCAUGCGAUUCGGAGACCGUGAGUUCUAUCAGGACUGGUGGAACUCUGAAACCGUCACGUAUUUCUGGCAGAACUGGAACAUCCCCGUGCACAGAUGGUGUCUCAGGCACUUUUACAAGCCAAUGUUAAGAAGAGGCGUGUCCAAAUGGGCGGCACAGGCGGCGGUGUUCAUGGCAUCGGCUUUUUUCCAUGAGUAUCUGGUGAGUGUACCCCUGAAGAUGUUCAGGCUCUGGGCCUUUAUGGGAAUGAUGUCUCAGAUCCCUUUGGCCUGGUUUGUGGGGCGGUUCCUCCGAGGUAAUUACGGCAAUGCGGCGGUGUGGAUUUCCCUGAUAAUUGGGCAGCCGAUCGCUGUUCUUAUGUACGUCCAUGACUACUAUAUCCUGAACCAUGAGAAGGUCCUCUGAUGCCUCCUGAGCCAAUCAAGGGACAGGUCUCACAGCAGUUGGAAGAUUGCGCCAUGAUCUGUUUCCUGUUGCUGAAUCCUUUCAAUCAACCAAUCAAUGCAAUCAUGUUGCUGAGGAGCUGCACUAUUGGUGGAGGGGUAUGGUGUUAUUGUGAUGGACAUUAAUUUGUAUGACUUGUUAGCUCUUAAUGGGGUUCCCCAUUGUCUAGUAGAAUGAGAAGAGUUUCCUCGUGUAUCAAGACCAGAUCACCUCACUUUCUAUUGCACAACAGUCUGGCCUUAAUCCGCUACCCAUAAUUACUGGGCUGGAGACUUGGGGUACAGACCAGACUCAGACCGUAACCAAUUCUCUAUCAGUUACAAGUCCCUCUACAGUCUCCUCUCCGUCCAACCCAGAGCCUUCUCACUCUAGAGUUACUCCAUGCUUCUGUCUACUGAUCCAACCUGCCCUUCUCCCCCAACACCAGUGCAAUCCUUGCCCCUAUCCCAAACAACUCCUGUCUGAGCCCAUGAGGCAGUAGUGGCCCCUAUCCAUUGAAUGCCCUGACCCUCCUUUUUGAGAUUCUAGUACCCCCUCUGCCUACAGACAAUGGCCUGUGCUUCUCCUCUGAGGCUCUAGAGCCCCCUAUCCUAUCCCAGGUCCUGUACUUGUGGGGCAGUUGUUCAAGAGGCCAGUGUUGACUCCACCCCAUGAUGACUCCGCCCCCCACACUGCACUGUGCUUCUCCGGCACGCCAAUCACACGUGAUGCUGUAGGUAUGUUCUAAUCUAUGUGUUGAGUGCAUGGACUGUGUAUGUCCCUCAAUUGUGUUCUGUGGCUUCAAGAGAUUGAUAUGAAGCCUCAGACGUUUGGAUUGGGUAAAGCUGAGCAAUUAAAGCUUUUUCUUUUCCA